AUGAUUUCCAGCAACGAACAGCAAUGUUCAAAAAAUGCUUAUGAAAAUUACCAAAUCGCGGAUACGACCACUGCAAAUAAUUUGUUGAUGAAGCAAAAUGAACCUGAUUUAAAUAUCGAAUUUGAUGGAACGACAGUGCUGUGCAGGGUAUGUGGGGACAAAGCAAGCGGUUUUCAUUAUGGCGUGCAUUCUUGUGAAGGUUGCAAGGGAUUCUUCAGGCGGUCCAUACAACAAAAAAUUCAAUACAGGCCUUGUUCGAAAAAUCAACAGUGCUCUAUAUUGAGAGUGAAUAGAAACAGAUGCCAAUACUGUCGGCUGAAAAAAUGUAUAGCCGUCGGAAUGAGCAGAGAUGCCGUAAGAUUCGGUCGUGUGCCAAAACGCGAAAAAGCUCGUAUACUAGCAGCAAUGCAGCAGCAACAAAACAACAGUACGCAGCAGCAUCCUUCAUCAGUGAAUGGAUACCCAACAUCAAUCCAACGACCUAAUGGACAUGGUGUCCCAGAUCAUCACAGGCUUCUAGGUAGUGACCCAAAUCACAGUCUAUUGAAUCACAGAUUAAUGCAAGGCAACACAGAAUCAGUACAUACACAUCAUUCGAUUCUAAGCCAUCGAUUAAGCAACGGAGCUGAUUCGAAUCAUCAUGCUCUACAACAACGAUUGUCUCCUCCGAAUCACUGUGACUCUAAUAAUAGACUUUUAGAUGGUCAUCAUAGAUUAGUUAGUGACCAACACACAAAUUCCUUGAACCACCAUCACCAGCCUAAUGGAGAAAUGAAUCAUUGUUUGGAGACGGAAGAAUUGAGCAUAUUGCAGGAGCCUUUGGCGCUGAUGAGGGCUGUCACGAGGGCGCAUUUGCAAACGUGCGAAUUCACGAAAGAACGCGUGAAAAUAAUGAAGGAGAACAAUCUUAGAUUAGGAGGAGAAAACGCUUUGGGACAUGGAUCUAACGCGAGCAGCAUGAGACUGGCUUGCCCUCUGAAUCCAUCAACACCACCAUGCACGCCGCCUCUGUCUCCGUCCCACGCGAGUCACCCGCUACUGGCAAUGCCCGCACAGGACACCGAAGAAUUUUCCCACCGCUUUUCUUCAAUUAUUCGCGAUGUUAUAGACUUCGCCAACUCAAUACCAGGAUUUUCCAACCUCGGUCGUGAAGACAAAUUCACUCUGCUCAAAUCAGGCUUGUUCGAUGCUUUAUUCGUUCGCUUGAUCAAAAUGUUCGACGCGAAAGACAAUAGCGUUAUUUGCUUGAACGGCAAAAGUUUAACCAGAGAUAGCAUACGAUGUCCAGCAACAGCUAACGCGGAAAGAUUGGUAGAUUCUACAUUUGAAUUUGCUGAGAAGAUAAACUCGUUGGACUUGAGCGAUACGGAAGUCGCUUUGUUCUCCGCGGUUGUUCUGAUAUCCCCGGACAGACAUGGUUUGAAAGACCGUAUGUUCAUUGAGAAGAUUCAUGAGAGUUUACUAAGAGCCUUGAAGCACACGAGGUUGUCCGAAAUUGAUUUUGUUGAUACUCUGCUUAAUCUUAUUCCGGAUAUCCGAACAUUAAGUACGCUACAUACAGAGAAAUUGAUAGUCUUCCGGACGGAGCACAAAGAGCAAUUGCUACGUCAACAAUUAGAUGAUAACGGUAUUGAAAAUAAUAUUGAGCAGUUGCCCAAUGGUGAUCACAAAGAUCAUACAGUAGCUGAUAACGCUGAAUAUCGUGAUCAACUAUUGAAACGCGGUUUAGAGGCGGAAAAUUGUCCAAUGUACAGGGAUCAAUUACUGAAACGCGGUUUAGAAUCUGAAGGUCCUAUGGAGUACAGAGAUCAAUACAUAAAACAUCCAGUAGAUUAUCCUAUGAAGCGAGUGAAUGAAAAUGGUUGCGGUGUUGAAUACCGGGAGCAACUUCUGAAGCCUGUAGAAUACCGAAGCGAACAAUUGAUCAAACGCGGAAAUUCAAUGUUGGAUAAUAAUUGUCCAGUGGAAUACCGCGAACAAAUGUCAUACAAAGAAACAUCGCCACUGUUGGCAGCUAGCUUAACUGGAACCAGCCCUAGACUAAGGGCGAAUUCUGGUUCUUCCGGUGAUGAAGAGUUUGCAGCCAGACUUGCUCAGAAUGGCUUGACUAUCACCGCAGUGAACGGCCAAAGAAUUUUGCCAGGUUACAGAAAACUUGAUUCACCAACUGAUUCAGGAAUCGAAUCUGGCAAUGAAAAACCUGAUAAUACCCGCAAUGCUGGAUCAAGUUGUUCGUCGCCUAGGUCUUCCAAUGAACUUCAAAUUUCGCACGUUCAACCAAACAAUGAUGACAUGCCCGUCUUGAAGCGUGUUCUGCAAGCUCCACCUUUAUACGAUACCAAUUCUCUGAUGGAUGAAGCUUACAAACCUCAUAAGAAAUUCCGUGCGAUGCGCCAAAAAGAUGUUUCGACAACAAAUGUGCAGACAACAUCAGAAAAUGGUGCAAGCAACGGCCAAUCACAGUUGCAAUUGCAUUUGACUAGACCUUUGGUGAACCAGCAGAUGACGCAGCAAAAAUACAAUUUGUCGUCGACUCAUUCAGAACUGGCGAGAAGCUUAAGGUCUGAACCUAGAAUGACGCCUGAACAAGCAAAGCGGGCUGAUAUCAUUCAAAAUUAUUUAGCAAGGGCAGAAGCCGGUACACAGCAAAAUUCAUUGACACCACAAAAUAUUUCUUACAAUUUCACAAGUGUCAUUCGUUCACCGGCAAGGAGGUUUCAAUCACCUCAUUCUACCCUAAGUGCGUCGCCUGAACCAUGCAAUGUUGUUGAAAGAGAGGCACCACUAAAUCUAUCAAAAACAAGGUCACCAAGUCCUGCGAGAUUGGGAUCUUUACUUCAAGCUUAAGAAUCAGUCAGUUUGAACUUAAAUAAACUGCAAAUUCCGUUUCGAAGGACCAUCGAACGACUCACCUAAUGAUCAAAUCAUUAGCAAGAUCUAGUUAUUUCUUUCAUAUCACCUUAUCAAGUGAGAAAUUAAUAUGAAGUAUGAGACCAAUUUAAAUUAAUCAAAAAAAUCAGCCUUGAGCCCAUUAAGCCAAAUGCUGCUGAGUUUAAGUGAUAUUAAUUAAUUCACCGUCGAAAUGCGACGAAACCUUUAGGUUGAAUAUUCCAAAUCGACCAAAAGUUAGUGAAAAUUAUAUAAACUAAUAAAAGUAACAUAGUUGAUAAAGCAUAGUCAAACCUGCUCAAAAUAUAUCCUGUUUGUACAGAUAUAAGUGAUUGCGAUGGAAUGAGUUCGUUGUAUAGGUAUGAUUAUAUAUACUAAUAAUUAUAGUAUACAGAAAAUUAAACUAAAUUAUUGAAAAUAGAAAU